AUGCUGCGUCGUGCCCGCGCAUGCCCCGCUCGCUCCUUGCCUGCUGCUGCUGCUCACGCCGACCCGCCACCGCGCGCUCACCGCAGCGCCCCGCAGCUCCUCCGCCGCACGGCGCCCGCUGCUGCGGCCUCGCUGGCCCGCACGCUCGCAACUGCGCAUCGCUUCAGCUCCGCCACUCGCCGCCCCGCUCCGGCCUCCCUCGCCGUGCUCCGCCUCCCCAUGCCGGAUCUGGAUCGGGAGCGCCCAACGCUCGCCGCCCGACCCAGGCGCCCCCGACGGCCACCUCGUCGGAGCCCCUCGCCGCCGUCGCCCGGAGCCGUCAACCGACGCCGCCCCGCCCCGCCAUCGAACCUCCUCCUCGCCCCUCCUUCCUCGCACGUCGCCCGCCCGUGGCCUCUGCCUCGCCGACGUCGUCAGCGAACGCCGCCGCCUCGACCUAUCCUCCUCGCCGGCGACGCGUCCCCGUCCUCCUCCUCGACCCCCACUGCCACCCCCUACAGCUACGCGGUGAGCUGCCGCGCCGGUCGUGCCUCCCCUCUUCCCCCCUCUCUGCUCCCGGCCACGCCCGAUGCGCGCGCCCGCGCACCGCCGUUCCGCACCCGAGCGCCCCGAGUGUGCUCGGCCGCGCUCACCGCCGCAUCCGCCACGAUCCCGCGCGCUCCAUGCUGCGUCGUGCCCGCGCAUGCCCCGCUCGCUCCUUGCCUGCUGCUGCUGCUCACGCCGACCGCGCCACCGCGCGCUCACCGCAGCGCCCCGCAGCUCCUCCGCCGCACGGCGCCCACUGCUGCGGCCUCGCUGGCCCGCACGCUCGCAACUGCGCACCGCUUCAGCUCCGCCACUCGCCGCCCCGCUCCGGCCUCCCUCGCCGUGCUCCGCCUCCCCACGCCGGUCGCUGGUCGCUCGCCGUUGCCCGCAUCGCUGCGCCGGCGCGCCCGGUUCCACACGGGCACCGGCGCCCGUAGAACCCGUCGCCCGCACGCCCGAACUGAUAUGGCCCUUAGGGCCAAUGACAUGUGGGGCCGGCCCCUGUGA